AUGACACCUCGGCUACCUAGCCAUUUCUAUCGACUUCUUAACCGAUCCCGAAGAUUGAUAAACAGCCGACGGCUCAACCUUUAUCUGCUUCUCGCUUUCGUUCUCUUGUACUGGCUGUUCCAAGCGACGCUGCAGAAUGCAGAUUGGAGCUCCUCCACGCCUCCUGGCAACAACAGCGGGAUAGGGGUCUGCGCAAGUGACUGGUACGCUCCUAUUUGGGCCAAGAUUAACGGAAGUUACCGCCUGCAGCUGAAGGUACCAGUUGAUCCAACUGUCGCAACAACCCGUUUUGACCGUGUUCCUAGCAGCAAAGUUGUAAAAUUUGACAGUCAUCCACGGCUGCUCUCCUUUGACGAUAUGGCUGUGAUUGAGGAUAAUCUUUGGCAUCUGCCUGUGGACAACCAGGUGUACCUCCUUUAUCCACAGAGCCUCAACAUAUCGGAUGUGGUAAGCAGGGUGAAGUCGUGCCGUGCAGUGCCCGAGGUAGGUUCUUAA